AUGGGUUCCAAGCUGGAAAAAAAUAAUCCUGCGGUGUCGAACCACGGGUUCCUGCAUGUUGAAAACGUGGCGGACGUCGCCUCAUCUGCCCGGAAGUCGUCUGCCCGGAAGUCGUCUGCCCGAAAGUCGUCUGCCCGAAAGUCGUCUGCCCGAAAGUCGUCUGCCCGAAAGUCGUCUGACCGAAAGUCGUCUGACCGAAAGUCAUCUGACCGAAAGUCAUUUUACCGAAAGUCAUUUUACCGAAAGUCAACUGCCCGAAAGUCAACUGCCCGAAAGUCAACUGCCCGAAAGUCAUCUGCCCGAAAGUCAUCUGCCCGAAAGUCAUCUGACCGGAAGUCAUCUGACCGGAAGUCAUCUGCCCGAAAGUCAUCUGCCCGAAAGUCAUCUGCCCGAAAGUCAUCUGCCCGAAAGUCAUCUGCCCGAAAGUCAUCUGCCCGAAAGUCAUCUGCCCGAAAGUCAUCUGCCCGAAAGUCGUCUUCGUCUGACCGAAAGUCGUCUGACCGAAAGUCGUCUGACCGAAAGUCGUCUGACCGAAAGUCGUCUGACCGAAAGUCGUCUGCCCGAAAGUCGUCUGACCGAAAGUCGUCUUCGUCUGACCGAAAGUCGUCUGCCCGAAAGUCGUCUGCCCGAAAGUCGUCUGCCCGAAAGUCGUCUGCCCGAAAGUCGUCUGCCCGAAAGUCGUCUGCCCGAAAGUCGUCUGCCCGAAAGUCUGAGAUGGCAGCAUCACGUGAAGUGAACUUGAAGACAUACUAG